AUGGACCUUUCCACCAGCCCUAUGGUCUUCCUGAUCCUCUCCUGCCUCCAGAACACAGCGUCGGCCUAUCACUAUAACUCCAUACUCAAGGUGCAAAAUGGAGGGCCAUGGGGACAUUGGGGGAGAAAAGUAUUUUGUCCCAAUGGUGCUGCUUCUGGCUUUGUACUGAAGGUGGAACCGUAUCAAGGUGCCGAAAAAUGGAAAGAUGAUACAUCCUUGAAUGGCAUCCGCCUGUUGUGUAAAGAGGGUUCAUUUAUUUCAUCUGCAGUUGGGAAGUGGGGUGCUUGGUCUAAGAUUCAGUCUUGCCCUGUACCACAUGAACUGGUGGCCUUUAGUCUGAGAGUUGAAACACCCCAGGGGUUUGGGGAUGACACAGGAGCCAACAAUAUCGAGUUCUUAUGUACCGAUAAGUCUGUACUGCUAGGCAACUCACAUGAAUGGGGUAUGUUUGGUCCAUGGAGCAAUCAGUGUGCUACCGGUACUGCUAUAUGUGGGUUCCAGACAAAGGUGGAAGUUCCACAAGGAGUUGAUGAUGACACGGCAUUGAACGAUGUGAAGUUCUUCUGCUGUACGUUCUGA